UUUUUUUUUAAUGCAGAGGCCCAAGUUGCAUAUGCACUCGUGGAGUCGUCAACUACACUGUAUAUUUAUGAAAUACUCUUUGUCUGGAGAAGUAGCCUGUUCCUCCUUAGGAGCUCUGGGCCAGGGAUGAUUCCAUAGGAUCUUGUUAAGAGUGGAAAAUAUCUGCCUACCUAAUCACAAACCCCACAAUGGCUUCCAUUGCAGCCAUAAACCUUGUACGCAAGAAGCACCUCCAACUUAUAGCAUUUCAGUUCGCAUUUAUAGGAAUCAUCUCCUGUGGAAAUGUGCUGAUCUGGCCUACAGAGGCCAGUCACUGGUUAAACAUUAAGAUCAUUAUACAGGAACUGAUAAAACGAGAUCACGGUGUCACCAUCCUUGUGUCGAACGCUUCUCUUUUUAUCAAACCCAAAGCUGAGUCGGCUGAGAAGUUUGAGAUAUACUCUGUACCCUUUACCAAGAGCCACAUUGAAUCUUUGAUCAAAGGAAUAAUUGGAUUGUGGCUGGAUAACAAACCUACUACGUUCACUUUCUGGAGGUUUUAUAAGGAACUGGGAAAGCAGGUCAGGAAAUGGCAUGAUUUAAACAGACAAAUGUGUGAUGGCGUGCUAGGCAAUCAUGACUUCAUGGCACAGCUGAAGAGGAGCAAGUAUGACCUGCUUCUGUCUGACCCAGUGACUGUCUGUGGGGACCUUCUUGCUGUCAAACUGGGAAUUCCCUUUGUGUAUUCUCUGCGGUUCUCACCAGCCUCAACAGUGGAGAGACAUUGUGGAAAGAUGCCCUCCCCGCCUUCGUAUGCACCUGCAGUCUUGUCUGAACUUACUGACAACUUGUCAUUUGGUGAAAGAAUAAAAAACAUAGUGUCUUACUACCUCCAGGACUAUGUUUUUCAAAGCUACUGGGGAGAAUGGGACUUGUACUACAGUAAAAUUCUAGAUUACAGUCAUUGGAGGAAUCUGAAGGUAGUGACUGAGGAACUGGUGGACAGGGGCCAUAACAUCACAGUGCUGGUCCAUUCGGCAUCCCUUUCUGUCAAUGCAACUUCGACUUCUGCUCUUCAUUUUGAAACCCUUGAGAUCAGCUUUACUGCUGGUGAGCUGCAGGCACUGUGGGAGAGAUUCCUCUGGUUUUGGAUCUUUGAGAAAUCUCAGCUCUCCUUCUGGCAGAUGCACAGCACAAUGAGAAGCCUUUCUCAGAGCAGUACUACCUUGUACAGACAGAUAUGCAAUGGGGCAGUAAGAAACAGGAAGCUGCUGGAAAAACUGCGCUCAUCCCACUAUGACAUCCUCCUCACAGAUCCAGUAAUCCCCUGUGGUGAGCUGUUGGCAGUGAUGCUGAGACUCCCCUUUAUCUUCACCCUAAGGUUUUCUCCAGGGUUUGCAUUUGAGAGGCUGUGUGGUCAAGUGCUAGCUCCUCCUUCUUAUGUACCAGCUGCCACUUCCCAGCUGCAGGAAAAGAUGUCCUUCCUGGAGAGGACUCAAAACCUAUUGCUUUACUUCAUGCAUGACAUGCUGCAGCUCCUGGUUUGGAAGGAAUGGGAUUCCUAUUAUAGCCGUGUAUUGGGAAGGCCCACCACACUGUGUGAAACAAUGGGGAAAGCAGAGAUGUGGUUGAUCCGAACAUACUGGGACUUUGAAUUCCCUCGCCCAUUCCUGCCCAACUUUGAGUUUGUUGGGGGACUCCACUGCCAGCCUGCGAAGCCAUUACCUGAGGAAAUGGAAGAAUUUGUCCAGAGUUCAGGGGAACAUGGCAUUGUGGUGUUUUCUCUGGGCUCAAUGGUUCACAACUUGACUGAUGAGAAAAAUAACAUGAUUGCUACAGCCCUCAGCCAGCUUACACAGAAGGUUCUUUGGAGGUACAAGGGAAAGAAACCAGAAACAUUAGGAACCAACACUAGAAUUUAUGACUGGAUACCCCAAAAUGAUCUGCUCGGCCAUCCCAAGACAAAAGCCUUCAUCACUCACGGUGGAACCAAUGGGAUCUAUGAAGCUAUUUACCAUGGGGUGCCCAUGGUUGGCAUUCCCAUGUUUGCUGACCAGCCUGACAACAUUGCUCACAUGAGGGCCAAGGGGAUGGCAGUUGAGCUGGAUUUUAACACGAUGAAAGCCCAAGACUUAGUUGAUGCAGUGAACAUGGUCGUUAACAACUUCACCUAUAAGGAAAAUGCCAUACGGUUGUCACAGAUUCACCAUGACCAGCCUGUGAAACCUCUGGACCGAGCUGUCUUCUGGAUUGAAUUUGUUAUGAGACACAAAGGAGCAAAGCACUUGAGACCAGCAGCCCACCAGCUCACUUGGUACCAGUACCACUGCCUGGAUGUCCUGGCAUUCUUGCUCACCUGUGCUACAGUGACUCUUUUCAUCGCUGUCAAGUGCUGCUUAUUUUGCUGUAAGAAAUGUGGUAGGAUUGUCAGGAAGAGGAAAAUGGAAUAGAAGUGCCCUUCCCGUUGGCUGCUUCAGUCUCUCUUGUAAGGCCCAGAUUCAGCAAGGCGCUUAAGGAAGCAUGUAAGUCAGUGGGAUCACUCACAGGUCUGCAAUGAGGCAGGUACUGGUGCACUUGAGAAACUGAGGUCACCUUCUGGGAAGUGACAUUAGGAAAGCUGGUCACUUAGCCUAUAUGAUGUUUACAGUAACUUCCUUUUGGUUUGAGUAAAGGCAAAUCUUUAGCUGAGCCACCAAUCAGAAAUCCUUUGGUUGAUUACACAGGGCUUUAUAAUAUAUUGAAUGCUGCUAGAAUUUUUUUACCUUUGUCUGUAUCUUUUUACAAGGAUGAAACCCAAGCUGUCCUAUGGCCCUUCAUGGUUGCCUCCAAACGAAGGGAUCACUGAAGAUUCACCCACCCAGCUAUCCUCAACUUAUCCUGUGCCAAAAUGCAUCUCUAGAUCUGUCCCAGGCAGUGCAGUUCCUGGAAAAAUGGGCACUGCCCAGGUAGGGACUUUAGCUCAGGUGUCUUAGCAGUGGCAACACGUAGAGGGUGCAUGGAGGUGCCAGUGCACCCCGACAGGCUGUGCACCCCACUUAGGUGACAGGUAGGGGGGGCAGGUAGGAGUGCCAGUGCCUCCCUGCAAACGCCAGCUGGGGAGUGA